AGUAGCUAACACAGUCCUUUAGACAGGAGUGUGCCCAUCCCUCAUUGGUCCAUGUCUUGCUCUGACCUCACAAGGAGUCAUUGUGAGGAAUGACUGACACCUGUGCAUAUAACACACUGCCUAGGCCUGGGUUUUGUCCUUCUAGUACAGAGAGCUGUUGGGUAGUGAGUGAUCUGUGGGACUUGGAUGGUGGUGACAGUUUUGGACCUGGAUAUCGGUGAAGUUUUGGACUCGGAUGCUGGUGACUUGUUUUACUUGACAGAUUGGUGUUGGUACGAGCCUUUAUAUCAACAAAGAGGAAGAAGUGGGAAAUGGCUCAAGGCAACACCCUACAGUACAACUCCUGUGACGAAGAGGCUUUAACAGAGCACUAUGAAAUCCUAAAGACCCUUGGUCGGGGAGCAUUUGGAGAAGUAAAAUUGGCUAGCCAUCUACUCACCCAGACAAGGGUAGCAGUAAAAGUUCUUCCAAAAGGCACAAAGAAUAGCCUCAUCAAAUCAGAAAUUGAAAUAAUGAAAUCUCUAGACCAUCCCAAUAUCAUUAAACUUCUGCACAUAAUCGACACCACAAAUACCACGUACAUAGUUAUGGACUAUGCCAUAGGCGGAGAGCUGAUGGACAGGAUUGUGGAGUUUGGCUACCUACAGGAGGAGGAGUCCCGUAAGGUAUUUAAACAGAUGGUAUGUGCCCUUCAGUAUUGUCACAUGAAAGGGAUUGUUCACAGGGAUCUAAAGCCUGAAAAUAUUUUAGUGGACGGCAAAGGAAAUAUAAAACUCAGUGAUUUUGGGCUGGGCACCAAGCUUACCCUGGGGCAGAAGCUAGCACAUUUCUGUGGGACCGUUCCUUAUUGUGCCCCAGAAGUCUUUAAAGGUGGAAGCUAUGAUGGCCGAGCAACUGACAUCUGGAGUUUGGGGGUUGUACUCUACUUUAUGUCUACAGGGUGCCUCCCUUUCAAGGGAACUGCCUUUGUAGGAAUAAAGGAGCAGAUCUUGGUGGGAAAGUACUCUGUUGAAUUCAAGCUGUCGCCAGAGCUUUGGGAUCUUAUUGCUAAGUUGUUAACUAUAAAUCCUGGAGAAAGACCAACAAUAGAUGAUGUUGUGGGCUUUCAAUGGCUGAAGCAUGGCAAUGAAGGUUCUCCCAAUCCCUUUAGAGAGAACGAUGAGGACAGCUACCCAGACCCCACUGUGAUGGCCAUCAUGGGUGUCAUGGGUUAUAAGCAAGGACAGAUCCUGGAAGCUUUACACGAGAAGAAGUUUGAUCAAGUGAUGGCCACCUACUUGAUUCUUAGGCAGCAGUCACCCUGGGAAGACAUUACAAAAGAUCUUCAGCCCAAGCAGUCUGCUGGAACCUUGAACCUUACAGGCCCUCCCACAACACCUAAAGUGACUAUCAAGAGGGGAUCUAGUGUCUCUAUCCUUUCCACUUCUUCCAGUUUGCACACUCUAACUGAGAGUCCCGAGAAUGACAAAAAGGGGAGAACGAGGUACAGUAGGCCUCCCACCCUGAACUGCCCUGACAAGAAAACAGCCCCCAUUCACAGAAUCUGCCCCCAGUGUGUGCAUGAGGCUAAUUUCAUGAACAGCACCUCGGGGGAUUCAGAGAGCACUAUUAACACCUCCGAUGAAAUAUGUACCACAGUGUCUUGCCCCCAGUGUGUACAUGAGGCUAAUUUCUCGAACAGCACCUCGGGGGAUUCAGAGAGCACUGUUAACACCUCCGAUGAAAUAUGUACCACAGUGUCCUGCCCCCAGUGUGUACAUGAGGCUAAUUUCACGAACAGCACCUCGGGGGAUUCAGAGAGCACUAUUAACACCUCCGAUGAAAUAUGUACCACAGUGUCCUGCCCCCAGUGUGUACAUGAGGCUAAUUUCACGAACAGCACCUCGGGGGAUUCAGAGAGCACUAUUAACACCUCCGAUGAAAUAUGUACCACAGUGUCCUGCCCCCAGUGUGUACAUGAGGCUAAUUUCCCGAACAGCACCUCGGGGGAUUCAGAGAGCACUGUUAACACCUCCGAUGAAAUAUGUACCACAGUGUCCUGUCCCCAGUGUGUACAUGAGGCUAAUUUCCCGAACAGCACUAAGUUAUCCUGGAAUGUGUCCGAAGCUGGCCCUAACAAAUCAAAGAGCAAGGCGUCCUCACAGGAUGUUUUAUCUCAUCACACCACUAUGGAGGAAGUUCAGUGCAGAGACGUCAACAUACAAGGUGAAAUUAUCGGUUCAUCUCUCCCACAAACCUCACCUCAGGAGGACCUCAGAGGACAGCCCCACAGCAUGUCUACUGCUGGUCAGAGAGAUGAAAGGAGCAGCUCAUCUCUCCUACAAACUGCACCUCAGGAGGACCUCAGAGGACAGCCCCUCAGUGUUGCUACAGCUGCUUCAAAGAACAACAUGACCUCACAAGAUAGAUCAACUCCAUUCUCCAGCAAGGAGGCCCAGGAUGAGGGUCCGAUUGUACAAGAAAAAGACCUCAGCCCAUCCUCCCCAGAAACAUCCCAGGGACACCUCAGUGGUCGGAGACAGACUGCACCCAGAGCCCCCUUUAGAAAGCGGAUUUGGAAGAGCCUACAGAGCAGGAUUAUAAAAGGCCUGAGAAGUUUAUGUUGCUGCAUACCAACAGAAAAGAGGGAGCGCCUAGGCUGCAACAAAAUCCUGCCUGUGACCUUAGAGGGCCAUGGAGGGAGCCAAGGUAACAGGAAAACAGGCCUCAGAGGACCUUCCACGCACAGUGUGAUCGUCAUUCCAGCUAACUGUCGCCAGGUGUACCAUGAGCCAUUAGAAGAGAGAGCGGCACCGGAAGCAGAGGAGGACCCCAGAGGGCCUGCCCAGUUUGUAUGUGUUCAAGAUGAGUAUUGCUGA